ACGCGUCAUGCGGUGAACAGCGUAGUCAAAGUGCCUGCAGCACCCGCGGACCAGGGCUAGUCUACACGACGAAACGAGCCGAAUCGACCGCCGAUACGUGGUGACUGUGAAGUAUCCGAACUGUGUGUACGUCACGAUUUACUAGGGUGUGACUGUUCUGUUUAGGUUUUUUUUUCUUCUUCUUCUUCUUUUCUUGGAGACUCAUAGUGAAGUUGACCUAGGAAGAAGAAACGGCGCGAGGAUUACGUCCAGAACCGGAAGCAGAUUUGCGGCGGUGUCCGAGGCGGCGAAAGAUGCGAAGGCCGCCGCCCUAGCCUCUGCCACGGCCGCCCACGCCCGUAAGCCCGACAGCGGCUGUGGCGCCGCCUCCGCCGCCCCCGCCGGCAUGUGGCAGUGCGAGGGCUGGCUGCUGGGCCGGCGGCCGCUCAGCGGCGGGCCCGUCGACGCGGCGUCGCUAGCGCGCCUGGUGCGCUCGCUGGGCCCCGCCGCCCCGCGGCCGCAGCGCCGCCCCCCGACGCUGCUGCGCUGCCGCGACGACCGCCUGGAGCUGGCGGCGCGGCACGACGACGAGGGCUUCGAGUCGGACGACGACUCGCGCUCGCUCGCCUCCGACGACACGGCCGUCAGCAACUCGUCCUCCUGCUGCUUCGUCGACGACCACGUGUACCGACGCGGCGCCGCGGGAGCUGGGGUGGGCAAGCCUGGCGGCGUCCCUCCGCCCCCGCGGCCCGUGCCGCCCCCGGGAGUGGCGGGCCCGCUCGCCUCCACGUCGUCCACGACGUCGGACAGCGCCAACAGCAGCGGCGCCUCCGACACGGACGAGGCGGACCACCAGCCCGCGGCCGCCGGCUCGGUGGCGGCGCUGGUGCAGUCGCUGUCGCUCUACCACGCGUCGUCAAGACGCCCGGCGCCGCCCCCGCCGCCUCCGCCGCCGCCCCACGAGCCGGAGAGCAUCCCCGUAGCGGACGUGGCCUUCUGCCACACGGACCCCGCGCUGCCGCGCGUCGCCGUCUGGGUGGUGCGGCGCCGUCGCUCGGCCUGGGCAGCCGCCGCGUCCGACGACACCGCCUCCCAGGCACCGGCGGGGCUCGAGGCCAUCGUCUUCGAGACCAACAACGAGCGGGCUCUGCGGAAGCUCUGCAACCAUUUCCAGGAUGUGAGCAGAAGACUGAAGCUGGACCAGUACCGGCACCCGCACCGGCGGAAAGAGGGCGCCGCGGCGGCGGGCCGGCCGCCGGCCUACUCGUCGCUGGCGCAGCCGUCGCCCUCGCCCUCCUCUUCGUACUCCUCGUCCCCGGCUCCCUCGCCGGUGGGCAAGCAGGCGGCCGUCUCCCUGUCCUCCGGCGUCUCCAGCAGCAGCAGCGUCAGCACCAGCAGCGGGGGCAGCGCCAAGUCGCAGCAGAGGGUGGAGCCGGCCAGAGCCUCCCCUCAGCAGCAGCAGCAGGUCUUCAGGCGGCUCGAGGCGCCCGCCGUGGUCGCCAGGUUCAACCUGCUGCAGAGGACCGACGGCGAUGGAGUCACGCACCUAGAGGUGGCCAGGGACACGCCGCUGCAGCCGUCGCAGCCGGCCCCCGGCCGCGGCGGCUCGUCGACGGCCAGCGGUCCGUCCAGCAUCAUCAGCCUGAGCACGCCGGAAGCGCCUGCGCCGCCCCCCGCCGCCCCCGCCGCCUCCGGCAAACAACGGCCCAUCCUGGUGUUGGGCCCGCGCUCCGACCAGCUGGAGGCGGCAGAGCUGCGCAAAGUGUGGAGUCCCCGGCCGCCACCCAGCCCCCCGCCGCCCCCGCAGCGGCCCGAGCGCCGCCGCUUCGCGCGCAAGAGCCACAAGGCGCCCGCGCCGCCCCCGCCACCGUCGCCGUCUGCGCAGCAGCAGCACCCACCCUCAGGCGGCUCCAAGGGGGAUCGCAACAAGGUCCUGCGCGGGCAGCUGGUGUCUCCCAGCAGCGCGUGGCCGCAGUACACCGUGGUGCGCGGCAGCGCGUGGUGCGCCCAGCCGCAGCGGCUGCGCGACGCCGUGGGGGGCGGCGGAGGCGGCGGGGGCGGCGGCCACCCCCAGCACCACCUCCAGCAGCAGCAGUGCUCGCUGUACGGCACGGCGGCGCGCAGGCGCAGCACGCCCGACGUCUUCCGGUCGGCGGAGAACUUGCUGGCCGGCGCCGGCGGACACCGCCUCAAGUCCGUCAUCAAGAAGGCGCGCCGCCCCGACUGCCGCGCCGAGCCCAAGAAGGUCACCUUCAGCGCCUACGCCACCGUCCAAGUCGUCGACUGAGCCCCCCGCUCCUUCGUCACCGCCGAGAAAGUGCGCCGCGACGCGAAAUGCAAAAACGAGAUUCGGCGCUCCGCGCUGUUUACUGAGCUGCCAGGGGGUAAAAAUUAAUGCUGAUGAAUUUUCCCGUCCUUGCGUGAGGAUACAAUCUUAUAUAUAGUGAUGAUCACAAAAUUUGCCCAUCGUAAAGGCUGGCGCAAUAGAGCUCUGUCGGAAAACGGAAGACAAACGUAAAUCAAGACGCACCAGUGCUCAAAUGUGUCAUUUAUUUAAUUUCCAACACAACAUGUUUCAGCAACACACGACACCACUAUCAAGUACUAGAAAAACGUGACGUAAAGUGGCCAUUCUAAAGGAGUGUGUUACAGCAUACCACAUAUUUUUAAGUUAAAAAGGAAGAAAUAUAUAUAUAGGAACCAUAUCCAUUUUUCUGAAGGCUUACAUAGUGUCCAUUUUCCCCUACCGAAGUAGAUAAUGUGCCAUUGCAACAGGAUGCCAAGCCAUUGUUCGGAAUUCUGGUCGUAUUUCCUAGGCAAUUUGAUGCCCUAAUAUCAGAAAUAAAACCAAUCACCUGCAGCAGACCGUUUCCAGUCGUGUUUAUAUUACGCUAAAUAUAAGAGAACAGAGGUGGUCUUAAUUAUUAUACAUUAAUUAACUCAAAAUCCCCUAGAGGGAUCGAAUGAUGGAUGACAGCUUUGUAUAUAAAACAGUAUAAAACUCAAUCUCAUCUGUAGUAUUGUUUUUGAUAUGUGAAAGUAACUGUUAUUGGAGUAGAAAUCUUGACCACUCUUUCCAAGUACCGUGGUCACUUUUCCCCAUCGGUCACCUUGUCAGCAUUAGUUGUUCACAGAGCAAACCAUCACACUGAAAGAAGCAACAAAGAACUUCAUUUGUAGCCUAAAACACAUUGUUUAAACACUCAUAUCGUAAAAAUAUAUUAUUCAGAAUAUAUAUGAGAUAACAAGAACAAUAUAAAUGACUUACCUUACAUCAGACAACUGAAAAUUAGAAAAAUUUUACUCAAAAAUAGUAGGACAAGCGUCUUCUGUCAAACUGAAGAUGUAUGUUACAUCUAGUCUGACCAGUUCUCACCAGGCUGCAGCACUGUUCAUGGCAAAAAAUAUGUAUUGGGCCAUUUCCCAUGCAGGCCACUUUAUCCCACAUUCCUCGUCGCCAUUAGGCACAAUCAAAAAUAAACAAAUGGCAAACAUCCACUGUCACACAUGUAAAACAUAAUACGUAUCACGGUACAGUGUUCAUAAUUAAUGGUGGAAUUAAUAGAAUUUGCUUCUUGAUGAUGCGAUUGUGUCUUUCAGAAACACAUGUCUCCAAAUAAAUUUAAUUACACAUUUCGACAACUGCUGUGUCAGAACUUCCCUACCCAUCUCAUGAUACAGUUAUGCUAUGGUUUGCAACAGAUAAAAAGGAAUUAAAUGCUGCGGAACCACACACAAUGUGAAUACCAGAUUUACUCAUAAUGUUUUAACUGACACCUUGCAAAAAUAAAUUUAGGUAAUGUAUUUCUUCCUUCUUUGCAGGUGCAAGUCUGCGGUCCUGGUACACAAUGAAAUCAUUGUUGGAAAGUACUGAAGCACACUGGUAGAGUGCCCAAAACAAAAUGGUGUAGCCUUCUGACAAAGUGGAGAUGGACUGCACCAUUGUGAUCUGGCUCAUGUUCUGGUGAUGUGCUAUGGUACUGUGGCACAGUGAUUUCAUUGUGUAACAGGACUGGGAGGAUAUACUGCACACAAACAAAUUUUUAUUUAACUACAAUUUCUGAAAUGAUAAUUAAAAUUUUAUGACUAUCUCACAAAAAAGGUCCUCAGUCAUGGCAGAGCCUUUGUCACUUGUUUCUUUACAUGACACUGUUUCAGGCUUCCUGGUUCAUCACAGAGUUUUGCUGGAAUGAAAGUCUGAAUUCAAUUAACACCAUAAGGCAGUGUAAAAAUGUCAUUAAUAGAAUACAGUCAGCUUGGCUAUCAAGUUUGAACAUAUACGCAUAAUUUGGAAAUUGGUUUGUAAGAUUUUUUCUGUCAAUAUCAGAACCAUUGAAAUACUUACUGUUGCUUGCAUCAUGCAUAUGUAUAUUAGCUAUUUUGUUUCAUUGUUCCACGUCCUUCAGCUUCCAUCUUACAGUAUCUCUACAAAGUCACAAUCACAGAUCUAAGCAGAACAUUACAGUACUACUGAAAUGACAGUUGUCUUAUUGUGGUGAUGAAAGAACAAAUUUAUCUGUGCAGAACAUACUAUACCAACCAUAAAUUCGACAUUUUAGGAAUAUGCAUUUAUGAGUACUUGUGCUAUGUUGUAGAAAAUACAUACUAAACCAGGGCUCCCACUAUAAGACAAACUGUUUAAAUGUACAAUAAAGUAUUUCAAAAGCUAUACAGUUUGCAUUCACCACAGUGAAUGUUUGUUUCAAAGUGAAUUACAUUUUUCAUUGAACACAGUACUACAAAGGCAAACACACAAUAAAAAGAAAGGAAAGAAAACGAUACAAUUUUUGUGAUUGUGUUAAUGUACACACUUUAUUAAGUUGGUGUCAUCUGGGUAUUCACAAGUCAGUUUGGCAGUGGAACAAGAAUUGAUAAGGAUAAUUUUGGGUGACUUAAGCCCACAAUGUGGAAGUACAUCAGCAUUAAUCUUUUCUUCUUUUGUGGCAGUAGAAUGCAGCUCUUACUUUUGAAACCAUAUGAAAGCUAAUGGAACCUAAAGUAAACUACAGUAUACCAGAAAACUGUUAAGUUUUUAUGAUUGUAUUUUAAUGACUAUGUCAUAUUGUAUAUUCCUUCUUCUUCCUGUUCCAACAUACACUCCAGCAAUGGAUGCAAAAUAUUGUAACAUUUCUACGCAUGAUGUAGAACAUGUUAUCCAGUAUUUUCACCCGCACCUAUGUAUUAUAAUCGCACAACCAUCACAUUGCUGUAAUAUGUACAUAGUAGCAACCUCUUUCAUCUUAUGGAAGUAAUCAACAAAUUUAAAUAUUGACUGAAGUCAUUUCAUUCAUAAGUCAAAUGCUUUUCUGUUUUAUGUAUGAGUAAAAUAGAGAAGGACCACUUAAUCAAACUGUAACCAAAUAACUAUGGCUUAAGACUAAUGUAAAUAUGUUUCAUCUGAAGGAAAUUGAAACUUCCUACAUUGCUCACUUUUUAAAAUUACAUUAACUUGGAACCUCACUUAGCCAUUAAAAGUUUUUUAUUAUAUGUAAUGAAUUAUAAUUUUUUAUUUAGUAAUUACUUGUUGUUUGAAAUUUGUUCUUUCUUGAACAAUGUGAAAUAGCCAGUGAAGCUUAGAAACAAACUCUCAAAUUUUUAAAAGUCUUUAAUAAGGAUAUUGUAGCUUUUACUCUUUCCACAUUCUUUCAAUAAUAUAUAAAUAGUUGUAUGAAAA